AUGUCAAGAUUACCAUUGAUAGCAGAUGAAGAAAAGGAAAGUCAGUAUGGAUAUGUGCAUGCUGUUUCUGGUCCAGUGGUUACAGCUGAAAAAAUGUCUGGAUCUGCCAUGUACGAAUUGGUGCGAGUUGGCUAUUAUGAAUUAGUUGGUGAGAUUAUCCGUUUGGAGGGGGACAUGGCUACUAUUCAGGUUUAUGAAGAAACCUCUGGUGUAACUGUUGGAGACCCCGUACUGAGAACUGGCAAACCCCUUUCUGUUGAACUUGGACCAGGUAUUAUGGGUUCCAUCUUUGAUGGUAUCCAGCGUCCUUUGAAGGAUAUUUGCGACUUGACAGAAAGCAUAUACAUUCCUAAGGGUGUGAAUGUUCCAGCUCUCUCCAGAACAAUUCAGUGGGAUUUCAAUCCAGUCAACAUCAAGUUGGGAUCCCAUUUAACUGGCGGAGACAUCUAUGCAUUGGUUCAUGAGAAUACAUUGGUGAAACAUAAAAUGCUGCUACCACCAAAAGCGAAGGGUACUGUUACCUACAUUGCAGAGCCUGGCAACUACACUGUUGAUGAUGUAGUAUUGGAAACUGAGUUUGAUGGAGAGCGCACCAAAUUCACUAUGUUGCAAGUCUGGCCAGUACGUCAGUCCAGACCAGUAAGCGAAAAAUUGCCAGCAAACCAUCCACUUCUUACAGGACAACGUGUGCUGGAUUCUCUGUUCCCAUGUGUACAAGGAGGUACUACUGCUAUUCCUGGUGCCUUUGGUUGUGGUAAAACUGUAAUUUCCCAAUCGCUUUCUAAGUACUCCAACAGUGAUGUCAUCGUCUACGUAGGCUGCGGAGAAAGAGGUAAUGAGAUGUCCGAAGUAUUGAGAGAUUUCCCGGAGUUGACAGUGGAAAUUGGCGGUGAGACAGAGUCCAUCAUGAAGCGUACAGCCCUGGUAGCUAACACUUCUAACAUGCCUGUCGCCGCUCGAGAGGCCUCCAUCUACACCGGCAUCACUCUGUCCGAAUAUUUCCGCGAUAUGGGCUACAACGUGUCCAUGAUGGCCGAUUCUACCUCCCGUUGGGCAGAGGCGUUGAGAGAAAUUUCUGGUCGUUUGGCUGAAAUGCCCGCCGAUUCUGGAUACCCAGCCUACUUGGGUGCACGGCUAGCCUCUUUUUACGAACGUGCUGGUCGCGUCAAGUGUCUAGGUAAUCCAGACAGAGAAGGCUCUGUGUCGAUUGUAGGAGCUGUAUCUCCUCCUGGUGGGGACUUCUCUGAUCCUGUCACUUCUGCUACUUUAGGUAUUGUACAAGUAUUCUGGGGUUUGGACAAAAAACUUGCCCAACGUAAACAUUUUCCCUCCAUCAACUGGCUGAUUUCAUAUUCUAAAUAUACUAGAGCUUUGGAUGACUUCUAUGACAAAAAUUUCACUGAAUUCGUUUCUCUCAGAACCAAGGUCAAGGAAAUUCUCCAGGAGGAAGAAGAUCUAUCCGAAAUCGUCCAGCUGGUCGGCAAAGCGUCCCUGGCCGAGGCCGAUAAGAUCACCCUUGAAAUCGCCAAACUCCUGAAGGAGGAUUUCCUGCAACAAAACUCGUACUCGUCCUACGACAGAUUCUGCCCUUUCUACAAAACCGUCGGCAUGCUAAAGAACAUGAUCGGCCUUUACGACAUGGCCAGACACGCGGUCGAAUCGACGGCUCAGUCUGAGAACAAGAUCACUUGGAACGUGAUCAGGGACUCGAUGAGCAAUAUCCUGUACCAGCUGAGCAGCAUGAAGUUCAAGGAUCCGGUUAAAGAUGGCGAGGCCAAAAUCAAGGCCGAUUUCGACCAGUUGUACGAAGAUAUACUGGGCGGUCCCGAAAUUGGGGUGAUUGAUGAAAUGAUCUUCAAUGAGACAUAA